AUGGAAUACGUCUCGACAACCAAGUUCGGGAAUGCCGAUGUACUUUCCCGACUCAUCAACCACCAUGUCAAGCCAGACGAAGACUUCAUCGUAGCCUGUACCACCCUGGAAGAAGACUUGAGGUCAGUAGCGGUCAGUAUCGUCAAACAUUUACCUCUUAGUUUCAGCAUGAUCAAGGAUGCUACCAAGUCCGAUUCAAUUCUUCGGAAGGUGUACCGUUUCAUCCAUGACGGCUGGCCAGGUUCCAAGCUAGAUGCGCACGAUUGGGAGCUGCGACGAUUUUACGAUCGUCAAGAAGGGUUGUCGAUCGUCCAUGGCUGCAUUAUGUUCGGGGCCAGGAUCGUGAUCCCCGAGCUCUAUCGGAAGAGGUGCUUGAUUCAACUCCACAAGGGCCAUCCGGGAGUGCAACGAAUGAAAGCAGUCGCACGCAGCUAUGUGUACUGGCCAGGAUUGGAUGAGACGAUAGUCAGUUUCGUUAGGGCAUGUCGUCACUGUGCGUCCGCUGCACGGUCCCCGCCUAAAGCAACACCAGAAUCUUGGCCGUCAACUACUGGUCCAAGCAAAUGGCCGGAAAUCUUGGCAACUUGGCGAAUCACGACGGUAGCAACCAUCAACCUAUUUCGUUCGGUCUUCGCCAACAAGGGAAUGCCUGAGCUCCUCGUCACAGACAACGGAACACAGUUCAAAAGUACAGAGUUCAGCCAGUUUUGUAACGAGAACGGCAUUCAGCAUCUUACUACGGCCCUUUUUCAUCCGCAGUCAAACGGCCAGGCCGAAAGGUAUGUUGAUACAUUCAAACGAGCGGUCAAAAAGAUUAAAGAGGGAGAGAACACAAUCAACCAAGAAACGUUGGACAUAUUUCUAAUCACCUAUCGAGCUACGCCCAACCCAAAUGUACCAGACGGGAAAACACCGGCCGAAGCGAUGUACAAUCGGUCAUUACGUACUUCCCUAGACCUACUUCGAGCGCCUUGCAGUCCUGUAUCAACAGCUAGUCAAACCAACACUAGUCAACCGAGGUCAUUCUAA